ACACAGGUUUCUUAUACAGUGAGAAUUAACACAAUUAAAAAUCUUCUUUCACUGCAGCUCCAGCUGCACCACCCACAUGCAUCAUCUGAUCUCAAUAUUAACCUCAAAAAAUGACAAAAAUACCAUCCAGGUUUCCUGUGCAUUUUUUUGAGCAUUCUUUUGAGCAUCUUUUGAGUUCACCGACCACAGAAACCAGAUUUGAAAUGAAGGACACAUUCUAGAGGAAAGAAAACACAAAAGUAUAAAUGUUUUUUUGAAAAAGCUUGACAACUGUUUGGAACUGUCCUUGUUGACCUUUUCUCACGAUGUACAGCUUUUCUUAAAAAGUCCACGCAAAUAUAUUUGUGCUUGGGCACUUUUCUACAGAAGAGCUCUGGAAAUCCGAUCAAAAGACAAACUGCAGACAUUAUUGUACAUCUGCUACAUGGCCCUGGUUUCCCCGGCUAAAAUCUGAUUCGAUCUGAUCCACAUUGUUGAUUCUGACCUGAUUUCUUUGACACUGCUAACACAUGAUGACUAAAAUAUGAUUGAGUAGGAACUCUAACAUAAACACACACUACUGAAAACAGAGCAAUUCAUACACUUCAUUGACAACUUAUAUUAGAUAUAUAGUACAAAAUAGAAACCACAAAAAUGUAAUUUCACUGAUAUUGCUUUCAGAAUCACAGUUAAACAUAUUAGAUUUCUUUACUUGCCACAGAGCUUCAAUUCACUAUUAAGACUCAAUUAUUUUCAGUAUUUACAACAAAUCUUUACUUUUCAAGAAUUUAAACACUCUAUAGCCAGAAACUACAUUUAGGAAUAAUGUCAAAAUUUCAUUUAGAGACUAAUGAUGGAUUUAAUGUACAAAAAAUAGAUCUGACAUUGAACCCUGCUGAAAAGUUGCACUAAUCAUUUAUACUUUAUGAUAAUAGAAACCUGAAUUACAAAAAAAUAUUGAAAGUAGGAAAAAGAUUAAUUACUAAAUGUUUGAGUUUGUAAAGUUUUUAAAAAAGGGGGAUUUUAAAACACCUUCGCUUUUAUAAGCUAUUCCUGAUGUGUGGUGUUAAUGGGGCUUGUGAAAAGUAUCAGAUAAGAUUGUGGUUUGGGUGUGCUGCACUGCAAUUUCCGUCUUCCUGUUCGUUUUAGAAGAAACACAGUUAAACUUGACGUUGCAACCCAUCAUUUCAAUGUAACAUAUCACACAGUAGCUAGUAAAUAAAAAGUCGUUUAGUGAAGCAGUAAAGCUCGGCAAGAUCAGAUUAGCUUUGUUACAUUUCAUUAUUUAAUACAAAUUUAAACCAUUUUCAGAUGCAUAAUACAAAAAAAUUAACUUGGAUGUAAUUAAAUGGAUAAUUAAUACAUUGUAUUAUAAGUCUGUACAGGGACAUGGGAGGGAUUUUUACAUGAAUUUUUGUUGCCACCUUCUCAUAGGGAUUCUAGUAUCAGUGCUCAUACUGAUACAUUUAUUCCACUCAUCCGUCGCAUUACCCAAAGAGAGUUGGUUAUAUGUCUUAACUUCACCCUGGUGAGAAAAACCUACAAACAUUAAAGCAGGAACGUUUCUGUUUUAGGCCAUGGCUGACAUCGACAUCUUAGAGGACCAAGACAAGCUGAAGCGAGGCCUGGUGAGGGUGCUGGAGUGUGUAGCUACCAUCUCAUCAGCAGCUGCUGUGGUGAAUCCCAUCUUUGGUGUAGCUGGCUCGCUGAUCCGUGUCGUCCUCCACCACGUGGAUGAUGAGGAUAUUCAAACUCUUCGCCGUGAGUUUGGCAGUGUGAACCGAGCCCUGGAUGAGCUUUCAGUGCAGAACCGUGGUGUGUUGCGCCUGAUGCAGAAGAAGACGUUGGGGCAGUACAGCGGCGUAGAGGCGAAUUUGCGAAACCAGUUCCGUAAGUUCAUGGAGGUGGUGGAGGCACGGCCCGAGUACAAGGAGCGCAAGCGUGAUGAAUUUGAGGAAAGCUAUGCCAAUGACAUGGGCGACCAAAACCUUCACACACUCUAUGAUGGUGUCACGGGCAAAUCCAAGCUCUUCAGCCGGCCCAUCCUCCAGGUCUACAUGACUUACUCACAAGGAGAUCGUGGGGUGAUGGAGCGCCUCUGCACACAUCUCACCUACCUGUUCUGCAUCGGCCUCAUUGCUCUGAUGGGUUACACCGCCAUCAUUGGUGAUGAUGAAGAGGGCCUGAAUAAAGAGUGGGCUGAAAAGAUGCAUGAAGUAGAAGAGAAGAUGCAGGAGGUGCUCAGGGAGUGCAAUUGAUUCCUUUAACUACUGUAAAUAUCAUCUAUAAAAGAGAGAGAAUUUUAUAUUGGUGUGAAAAUAUUAGCAUUCAUAUUCAGAACCACAAGGUUUUCUUUGUUAUUGAUGCAAUUGGGAGAGGAUGUGAGUAAUCUAAAGAAGAUUGUAAAGUAAAUACUAUAUACAAUGUUGCUUUAAUAAACAUAUUGUACAGAC